AUGCCUGUUGAUAUUGAAAACUAUCGUAACGAUCGUGAAGUAUCACCAUCCAAAGGAAUCUACAACGAGGGUUGGGUAACUGCCUAUCUCUACGAUUUGAUCGACUCUAGUGAUGAUUCUGACCAAGGUAUUCUUCCAACGACCCAACAACACCGUCGUGCCCUUUUAGAUGCCAAUUCCGAUCAUCCAGUACCACUCUACGCCAUCGUCGAAUCUAUCCAAAAGGUUGUACAAGUUUCAACUCAACCAAGUGUCCUUGACUUUACCAAUUCAUUGGUCGCCGUCUUACAAACCAGAAAGCUGGUUCGGGAGUUGUAUUCAAUUGAUACUAUCAUGCAAUACAAUAACAUGUUUUAUAUGUGUCCUGUAACCCCUGGUCCAGCCCCUCCCCUUCCAAGUGACAGAGACCCAACAUUACAAGAAUUCUUUAUGUCUAAAUUGGUUGGUGAUGCUGAUAUUCAUGCACUGCCAUUACAACAAAUAGAAACCAUCCUUUCAUUGUGGGCACAAGACGACAACACACCAAUCAUGAAAAAUCAAGCUCUUCAAUACCUUUAUUCUAAUGCCUAUAAAAAUAUGGUUGGUGAUCCAAAACUAACCAACAUUCUCAAACCUUUUGACCCAUCAAUGUGUCAAUUUGGUUCGUUGGAUCGUCCCAUCACACCACUUGGUAUUCAACUUUUAACAAAGUAUUUGGGAAUGGUGAGAGAUAUUGGAGUCAUCACUGAACAACAUCUUGGUGGUGUUUUAACAGUUCGAACCUACAAGGAUAUUUCAGUUGUCUUGUUUAAAGAUAAAAUAUGCUCGUUUACGGUAACCAACAAUAUUCACCAAGCAGUCAAUCAAUGUCCAUGUACCCCAAUGGUCAAAUCAAUUACACCUCUUAGUGGUCCAUUAACUCGAGUCACUCAAUUAACUAUAACUGGUCGUAAUUUGGAGAAUUCCUACUUUAAAGUAGCAGAGGUUGAUUGCAUGUCAAAUUCAGGUUCAAUCGAUCCUGGUCUAGAAACAUUGAUUUGCGAGUUUCCAACAUUUGCCGGUACCCACACCAUAACCUAUGGUAGAGAAGGUGGAGCUUCUCUUAAUUGGAUCUCAGUGACUACAUUUUCAUUCACAGUCGAUGCACCUCAAAUCAAUCGUAUUACACCUAAUACAAACGUCCCAACAAACUAUGCAAUGGUAGCUAUUUAUGGAACCAACUUUUUCCCACCACCUUUAACGGGUGACAUAGCCAAUCUUGAUGGUAUCCAAUUAUUCAUCAAUCAAGUAGAAUUCCCUAUAGAGACAACAGAUCAUGUCGGAUCAGAAAAUAUUAUUUAUUUUAAAACUAAUAAUGUUGGUACAACUAAUUUUGUUUCAAUUAUGGUUAAAGGAAAAGAAUCAAAUAUGAUAAAUAUUAUAAUGUCAGCACCUACAAUUUCAUCAAUUAAUAUUUUCCCAUUGACAAGUUUACGUACCAAUCCUGAAAAUAUUAAAACACCUAUUACUGUCACAGGAUCAAACUUUGGUCUAAAUGAAGAAGAAAUCACUGCAUUUGUUGGUCCAAAUGAAUGUGAUAGCAUAGAGGUUAUCAACCAAAAUUCGUUUAUUUGUAAUGCACCAACUGGAAAAGGUACGGGUCACCGAGUAAAGGUUCAAAUCGGUGAUCAAGAGGUGACCUUUGCCUUUAAAACCCUCGAUUACGCCCAACCAUCAAUCUACCAAGUUAUCGUCAAUGGAACCUAUCCAACUGGUCCAACCAAAUUUUUCUGGAUUGUAGGAACUGAUUUUGGUACAACUCAAUCAGAUCAAACUAAUAUCCAUGUUUAUUUCAAGCAUCAAGAUACAAAACUCAAAGAACUUCACCCCAAACCAGCAUAUUGCCAAAAUGCACUAGAGUUGUGCCAAGAUUUCCCUUUUAUUUAUUAUAAUUCUUUUGAUCAAGAACCUAAAGAAGAUGGCGAGGAGGUUUGGGUACCAUCCAAAGAUAUCGAACAAGCCAACAAAAAUGAACCAAAUUUGGAAUGUCUCAUUUGUUAUUUUGGAAGUGCAGUUGGAGCUGGAUGGGAGAUUGAAAGUGUAGAGUUUGAUGGAAGAAAAUCUUCUUUUAAUCAAUCUGCAAGUAACUCGGGUUACCUCAAAGAACUAAAAUAUUCUCUUCCAUUUGUCGACGAGGUGAAGGCAGAUCGUGGCUUGCCAACAAGAGGAGGUGAAACAUUCCGUCUCAUUUCCGAAGAAGGUGUAUUCCCUCCAAACGAAAUGCUCAACACUGAAACCGACCCAGAUACUGGUGAAUCUACUCCAAAAAAACGUUUUGAAAUUGACUCUACCUAUAGUAACAUAACAAUUGGUAGUUUUAAAGUCGAUUUUGAUCGUAUAAAUUGGAAAGACUCUAAAACGAUUGAUGCGACUUUACCACCUGGAUAUGGUACCAAUUUAAUUAUUAAAUUAUAUGUUGGUAAACAAUUUGCAGAGAGUAAAAAAUUUAGUUAUGAUCCACCUCGAUUAUUCACAGAAUAUUUUAAAGGACCUGAAGAAGGAGGAAAUCUAAUUCAAAUUUGGGGAGAAAAUUUCUUACCCUUUCAAUUUUCUCAUCAAUACUCAACACCAACCCCAACAAUGACAGUAAAAAUCAAUUCAAGGCAAUGCCGUCACAUUUUAUGGUACGACUAUAACCGUAUUGCUUGUACGGUGCCUUCUGGAGCAGGAGAAGGAUUGCAUAUUGACGUGAUUAUUGGUGGACAAAAAGCUAGAAUUGUCAACGAUUAUUACUCUUAUUAUCGCAACGAAGAUGAACCUCCAUCUAUUUGGACCUUGCUUUACAUCAUCAUUUCAUCGCCCACAAGCGUCGCUAUUACUGGUGGGCAUAGAUUCUUGACCUACGGAGGUAACGCUGCUCGUUUUAACGGUUACCAACAAGUGGAACAAGAAGAUUUGGAUACUGGAGAAACGAGAGUGAUUGAACUGACGAGAUUUGGAUUUGAACGUCACGCUUCUGGCUUGUUGCUCUCCUCCUCUGUCGUCGCCGCCGAUGGACCACCUGAGCCUGGAACUAUCGUUCUCAGCUUUGUCAUUCCACCAGGUGGUGGUCGAGUUGGGCACAGAUACGUUGAUGGUCUAUUCCGUAGUCCCCUCAACAUACUACUCUCUUACAAAUCACCCGUGCUGACCAACGUCAAUUUCAUGCAAUCGGGGUACCUCUUACGACUACAAGGUUCAGACUUGGGUCUUCCUCAAUUCCGCGGUGAUAUUUCCAUUCAAGUUGGUUCUACCAAGUGUUCUCUUCACAGCAUUUCAAUGGAUGCUGCAACGGCCACAUGUUACAAUUUCAAGGCCAUUUGUAAGAAAAACCAACCCGACCUGAUCGUUACCAUCACCUUUAAGAGACAAACAUCCAACUUUUACACUUUGCCUCCCAACCCAAGUUGUUCAGACGAAGUUGAUAAACCAAGACCAAAAAUCCCAACACUUGUUAUCGUCGGCAUAGUCGCUGUUCCCGUUAUUAUUGGUAUUGUAUGUUUUAUUUUUGCACCCGAAUGCCUUGCCCUUGCCCUUGCUAUCUCAGGCAUGACAAAGGGAACAUCAACUGUCUUUGCCAUCUUUUAUGGUAUCUAUACAGUGGCACAAUUAACAAAUGCGGUCGAUGCACUCUCUGUCCUCACACGAGAAGAGUUUGUUGUCAACAAAUCAAAUGUAAAAGUUGUAGUUAAAAGUGGAACAGUCGUUAAAACUUAUUAUUCUGGUGAUACCAUUCCAGCCCUCUCUGAUCCAUUUGCAGUUAUUGAAAUUUAUGAUUUAGGAUUAUUUUCAAUGUUACCAUUAAUACCACAAGAAGGUAUGCCAAUUUAUUUGGAAUCAAUUUAUUAUACAGUUCCACAAUUUUAUUUAGAUGGAAUGGAAAUGACAUGUUCAAGUGUUGAAGAUACUACAUCUGCUACUUCACCAAUGAUGAUUCAAUGUUUGGUACCACCAUAUGUUGGAGGUGACCUUACCAAAGAGGUUGUCGUCAAAUUGAGUGGUCAAUCAAUGUCAGAGACCUAUUCAAUUACCUACGAAGGAGAACCAAUCCCUCUGCCCUAUGUCGAUUAUUUCAAAGGAAGAGUUUAUUAUGAUCAAAACAACAACAAUAUUUUCAACUCUGCUAUUGAUCGUCCAGCCGAAAAUAUUCUUAUUCAAAUCAAACAAGGUUCAACAGUGGUAGCUCAAACAAUGACCAAUAUGGAUGGUUAUUAUGCAUUCCCCAGUGUCGAUGUUACUUCGAUGACACCCAAACCAACUCUCUAUGUGUUACCAAGCCAACAACAACCAGAACACCAUGUAACCCAACCACUUUCGUUUAUCAUCCCAAGAAACAACCUCCGAGUAAAAGCAACUUUUUCAGGAACUGAUAUAGCUUUACUCGUCGAGUUACAAGAUUAUGGGUGUCAAGGAACUACAACUACACCACCAUCAAACAACAUUGCACCAAACGAGAAUGUUGAUUUGCAAUACGGUCUUUACCAAUAUACCUACGGUAAUGAUGGUUUGAUUAUACCAGGUAUGGCAUUUUGGCCAUCAUUCCAAUCGUAUUGUAUGAUGACAUUAUUUGAAAAUUAUUUCUUAAUUGGUUAUAAACAUAGAUAUGAUUAUCAAUUUUAUUUUGAUAUAAAUUCAAAUGGUAAGAUGGACCCAUCAGAAAUUGGAUUGGAGUAUUAUAUGCCUAGAGCAUCGAUUAAAGCAAUAUCAAACCAACCAAAAUUAUUAAAGAGAGAUAUCGUGGUUGACAAGGCCACAAGAAAGACAUGGGUUGAUUUUGCAGCCAACACUGAUCUAUAUUUCUACAACGAUAUGCCAUCGGAAAUCACAAACUACACCAUUGCUCUCAAUGGAUACGGUUUGUCCAUCCCAAAUCCAACAGUCGCCACUCGUUUAACAGUAAACGUCCCAAUGUUUAUCGAAACAACACUUGUUACCAUGUUUGGCAAACAAAGUGGUGGAUUAGUUACCGACUUUACUCUAUCAUUGCCAUUUGGUCAAUUCGCAGCUUCCUACUUUGACAAUAUGAGACCACUAUUUUCAUUUAAUCAAGCUGUCAUUAAACUUGAUUCAGAUGGUGAUAUUCUUGUUAAAGUUUUUAAAGAUCUCGAUGGUUCCUUGGUUGGAUCUUAUCCAACAGGUUCAUCAUCAGGUAUUCAAGAAUAUACAAUUCCUUUGGUUGGUCAUACUAUUGAAGUUAUUGAUAGAUCAAUUUUUACCAAAGUAGAAAGAAGUCAAGGAUUAUUAACAAUUGAAAUUACAGAUAGAUUCAAUAUAUUUAGAAAUGUCAGAUAUUAUAUGGAGGGUGAAGAUUUAGAAUGCCAACGAUUCGUCGACGCACCAACCAUUUGCCACCGUGAGAUUUUUGGUGAUGAAGAUGUUGUCAUCAUGACAUCAAUAUCAAUUAUUCUAGAUGAUUCUCCUUUAUCAUAUCAAUAUUUCUUUACAAUUAUGCCUUCUGAUCCCACAAGUUAA